AUGGAUGUUUCGACAGAUGACGAGUUACUCAUGUAUGACAAAUUGCAUGGUACCAAUAUUUGCGUGGAGCCUAUGAAUUUUGAUUACCUUGAUGUCGUUCUGGUGUCCGAGUUUGAUUUUAUGGAACGGCGGGAGAGAAGGCGCAUGGGCGGUCCUACUUCUCCGAGUUGCGUACUCUCACCAUCCGAGAAUGCCUCCACGGAAACUUCUUCAGAUAGCUUUUAUGAGCGGGUGAAAAGACCAAGGUACCCAUGUGUUGGUCAAACAUGGUAUGUAAAGCCAUGGAGACACCCCGGUUUCUUCUUCUCUUCACUAAGUGAUACUUAUAGGAAUACGCGGCGUCCACAUUUCCCCAUUCCAAAACCCGAGUCUAGAAAGAGGCAUCGGGCUACUUUUGGCCGGUAUUACUCUUCAGAAGAGGAGACUGAAACAGAGAUACCGAGAAGUGAUACCUCGCACCGCACAAGGACGGGAUAUAGGAAACAUAGACGAGCAGUUCCUGAGCAAAAUACAAGCGAAGAUGUGAAUAUCAUUAUUGAUCUUUACCUGAACAUUGACCCGGAACUCCAAGCAAAGGUCAGCUACGGUAAACAGAAGUCUGGGGAUUGUGUUUUAGGCAACUUCAUCAAAAGUCCCGUUGAUGUGUCUGCGCCUGAGCCAGAGGCGCAAAGGGUUGGCCUUGCUGUUGGAUUAGCUGCUGGAAUGGUGUUUCGGCGGUUCAGAUAG